GGUCAUGUGACCUGUCUGGGUAAACAACAGCAGGUGGUCACUUGGCAGCAAUUGACCUUCAUAACUUCACUGACUCACCUGACCUGGGAAAACUGUCCUGCCUCCACACAGAGGACAGUUCAAGUGGAGCAUAGGUCCAGCAAAAAACAUCGAUUCAUUUAACAUUUCAAAAUAAGUAUUUUCUUGGAACAUUUUCUUGUGUUACCUUGAAGUCUUAUUCAGUAAGAAUUUGUGUGUGCUUGUGGCUGUUUCCUAUUGCUAAGGGUCUCUGUCCUGUAACCGAUGUUUUGCAGCUGAAGUGGAGGCCGACAGCUUCCUCUGGCAACAUGGAAGGACUCUACUUUGAGUGUCCUCGGAAGGUUUCGCAUGCCACAGAGAUGAAUGCAACAUGGGGGGUUAAGGUGGAGGAGGAGGGAGAAGAAGAAGAGGAGGAGGAGGAGGUAAAAUACAAACUGACAUUGAUUGGUUCCCUGCCGGUCCACCACCUCACCACCAUGGCCAUGCUGCCCUGGGUGGUGGCUGAGAUCGGCAGGUCUCGCCCUGCAGAGAAGGAGCCAAAUGGAGAUGGACAACUGGACCCUUCUACCUCCAAUCAAAUGGUUUCUCUCUGCGUGUCAGCAUCAUGGGUGCGAUGUGUGUCCAUCAUGGGAGAGGGAGUUGUCUGGGAUCCUCUAACACACACAGUGCUGUUUGAGUGCAGUCCUCACCAGGUGACUAAGCUCAUUCACAACAGCCAGGAGCCCAGCAGCUUUGGCUGCCUGCUCAGAAAGACACCGCACUGUGCCUGCUAUGUCUUCCAGUGCCAGGACAGCACCAAGGUCCCUGAGAUCAUCAGUUCACUGAGGCAGGCUGGCAAGAGCUCUGCACGCAACAAUGAUACCGCCGCCAUUUCCAACAAAACUUCCACCAGAGGCAGUGACUCCUCGGAAACAUGUCUCCCUCAUCUCUCUGCAAUGACGACCUCCGUGGCACCCACUGCUGCUGUGUCUCCCACAGCUUUUUCCAAAAAGUUUGAGGUGCUGUUUUGCGGCCGUGUGAGUGUUGCGCACAGGAAAGCCCCGCCCGCCCUCAUUGACGAGUGCAUCGAGAAGUUUAGCAAGUUACAUGGCUCAGGCACAACUGAUGAAGGAGGAAAUGGUGGGAGGUUGGUGGGUGGGCUGAGGAGGGCAUUAACCUUCCAGUCCAAUGGACUUGGGAGUGGUGCUGUUGAUAACGGUGCUGCAUGGAGCCCCACUACCAGCAAGAGGCCGGUCUUGUUCAAGCGAGACCCCAGCUUUCCCUGUCUGCAGGCACUGGAUGAGAACGGACUCUCACCUGAGAUUUCUCACACCAACACUACUGAUGCACAUACCUGCUCAGCAGAAGUACAGCCCACCAGCCUGCAGGAGAACAGGACCAUGCUGUUUACGGUUGGCAGGUCUCAGAUCUUCCUGAUUAGUCCAGACACAAAGAAAGUUGCCAUAGAGAAGAGUUUCAGAGAAAUCUCCUUCUGCUCACAGGGAAUUCGUCACGUGGAUCACUUUGGCUUCAUUUGCAGAGAGACGGUGGAAGGAGGGAGCUGCCACUUUGUUUGCUAUGUGUUCCAGUGUACAGACGAAUCACUGGUGGAUGAGAUCAUGCUGACUCUGAAACAGGCGUUCUCUGUGGCAGCCUUGCAUCAGAGUGCAAAGACCCAGAGCCAGCAGUGUGACGGCUGCCCCAUGCAGCAGCUCCACAGACUGUGUGAGAGGAUAGAAGGUCUACACCCACCAAAGACAAAAUUGGAACUUCAGAGACAUUUGGCGACUCUGGACAAUGAGGAGCAAGCAUCAGUGUUUGAGAACACUAUGAGGGCUCGUCCAAAGAGUGAUCAGGAAGAGAAUGAGUUGGUGAUGGCCUCGCUGAGGAAUCUGUAUGAGGAGAAACAGAGGAGCCAUCAACACGCGCUGCCCGGAGACGGCAAACAAGUGUGUGAGGAGGAAGCUCCAGCUCCUGUUGAGGUGCAGCAGCAGAGUAGCAGCCGGCAGCGACUUGAGCAGUUCAAGAGCCGAGCCAAGCGAUCUCUCACCGAGUCCCUGGAGGGCAUCUGGAAGGGGAGCAGCAAGACCAGGGUUCAGAGGGACAACAGUGAAGGAAAGGACAGCUGCGCUUCUAUCUGUACUGUCAACAGCAGCCUGGACCAACCCACCUUAGAUGACCUUUCACCUGCCUGCUCCCAGUUACUACCCACCAGCCCACUCAGGUGCCACAACUCAACCGGAGACCUGAAGCGCCUUGACACCUCUCCUCGCCUGUCUCCCUCCUCCUCCUCUUUACCUGGUGAUGCUCAGCCACAGGGCUUCCGUCGACGGGCCAGCACCUUCAGCCACUCUCCCACCCCCUCCUCGGGACUUGAGUUCUCACCGGUGCACACACUAGUUCACACUUCACAGGACCCCACUGCCGCCACCAAGCCCAGGCUUGUACGACACUACUCCGUCAGCACUGACACGCCACACCAGAGCAAACAUGCCCCAACCGAUUCCACCCUUCCUCCUGUUCCUCCCUGCCUUUCAUACCCCUCUGCUCUGCACACUUAUCAUCCUUCCUCCCCUUCUUCUGGAGCCCGGCUCAAUUAUAGAAGCCCUCUGGUUGGUCUGCGUGCUCGUCUCCACUCCUCCUCCUCUGUCCCUAAUUUUCUGAAAUUUCAAUUUCUGGCCCCUGUCCAAGAGAAUGAUUGCCCUGAGUCAAAGAGCAGUGAUGUUGCGGGUCUCUCUACACCAAGUGCAGCCUGUUGGGUAGGGGAAAGCCCUCUGCGCAGUCACCGCCACUCAUGGAGGCAGCAAAUCUUCCUUCGGGUUGCCACACCUCAGAAAAACACAGACACCAACGAGCGGGGGGAUUCCUGUCUUGAGGCGGGUCGAGUAUGUUUGGGCCAGGUGGGAGUUGGAGGAGGUGGAGACUUGUCCAUGAGAGCGGUGCUUGAGGAGAGCACGAGAAGGAGCAAAGAGGAGCUCAGGGAUCUCUGGAGGAAGGCCAUCCUGCAGCAGAUCCUGCUGCAGAGGAUGGAGAGGGAGAACCAGAAACUGCAGGCCUCCGAGAGCGACCUGAAGAACAAGCGUCUGAAGCUGGACUACGAGGAAAUCACUCCGUGUCUGAAGGAGGUCACUCUGGUGUGGGAGAAGAUGCUGGGAACUCCUGUGAGAGCAAAGGUCAAAUUUGACACGGAGACCAUACAUGCUGCAGUUGCACAAGGAGUCCCGAGGCAGCACCGGGGGGAGAUCUGGAAGUUUCUCUCUGAACAGUAUCUGCUCAGGCAGACGGUGCCCUCCCGACCCCCUACCAAUCACACUCCAUACAAAGAGCUGCUGAAACAGCUCACCUCACAGCAACACGCCAUCCUCAUAGACCUGGGUCGCACUUUUCCCACCCAUCCAUAUUUCCAAGCCCAGCUGGGGGCCGGACAGCUUUCUCUGUACAACUUGCUGAAAGCCUACUCACUGCUGGACCCCGAGGUGGGCUACUGCCAGGGCCUGUCCUUCAUUGCUGGAGUCCUGCUGUUACACAUGGAGGAAGAGGACGCAUUCUACAUGCUCAAAUUUCUAAUGUAUGACGUCGGGCUCCGUAAACAGUACAGGCCUGACAUGAUCAUCCUGCAGAUUCAGAUGUACCAGUUGUCGCGGCUGCUCCAUGACUAUCACCGGGAUCUCUACAGCCACUUAGAGCAGCAAGAAAUCGGACCCAGCUUAUACGCCACCCCCUGGUUCCUCACCGCCUUCGCCUCUCACUUCCCCCUUGGCUUUGUGGCCAGAGUCUUCGAUAUGUUGUUCCUGCAGGGGUCAGAGGUCAUCUUCAAGGUGGCCUUGAGCCUGCUGGGGAGCCACAAACCUCUGAUCCUGCAGCAUGACAGCCUGGAGUCCAUUGUGGACUUCAUCAAGACCACGCUGCCCAACCUGGGCCUGGUGCAGAUGGAGAAAACCAUCAACCAGGUUUGUGAGAUGGAUGUAUCCAAGCAGCUCCAGGCCUACGAGGUGGAGUACCACGUCCUGCAGGACGAGCUGCUGGACAUGUCCCCGACUCUCAACCAACACCAGCGAGCUGCACAGCUGGAGAGGACCAAUCAGAGCCUCCGCCAGCAGAACCUCGACCUGCUUGAAGAGCUGCAGGUGUCCCAUGCUCGCGUGCGCAGCCUCGAGAGUCGAUUGGAGGCUUUUGUCCAGUCGGAGGGACGACUGAAGGAGCAGGUCUCUGCACUGGAGGAGGAGAAGAAGCAGCUGUUGAGCACAGUCACACGCCUCCAGGACGUCCUCACUAACCUCGACGUCCUAACUCCCUCGAUGUACACACUCCCUCCACCUGCUGAAAGACACGCAGCCUCAGCAGCAAAGACAAACAGGUCUGUGGACUCGUUUCUCCACCCGUUGGCUCUUCCAGAGAAUUCGUAAAUACAACGUCAAGUCAACAAGAGGAGGAGUUGACUGCGAAGGACACAGGAAGAAGAGAUGUUCAGAUGACUCCCCGGCUCGAUCUUUGUCCUCCUCAAGGCACCAGAAUGUUUUAGUGAAAAGAGGAGAGACAUAGGAGGUUGGACAUGAAACAUAGAGGAGAAGAAUGGAUAAACAAGAAAGACGUGGAUGAUGUUAAGUGAAUAGAACAAAAUAUUAUCCCCAAACUCCACGCAUGCCCUCUUCCAGCUCUUUAACAAAUAUUAGCGAGCAUGAGAUCUUACCAACAAUUCCCAAAGAUAGCAGCAUCUGUGCUGCAACAACAAAACAGUUACAUUUGCACCUCUACUUGUAUGUCUGUGUCUUUGAAUGUAUGUUAUGCUCCUAGUGGAGUUUUUUUUUUUUUACUGCAUCGUGUGGAACAAGGCUAAAGAAGCCAAAUCGGUCCUCACUGAUGUACAACAAGCUCAAACAAAGUCUCACAUAUUCAGAUAGUUGCUCUCUUAGAGUACAAAAGUCCAAAGGUGGAAUGUUUUCAGAAAAGUGUGACAAGAAAGUGAAAUGAAGGGACGGGUGAAGAAAUAAACUUCAUGACAAAUUGUUUUUUUUUUCUGUUAAAUCAGUUUGAGUAUGACUUUAAUUUAAAUUAUGUUCAGUCUUGGAUGUUGGUGCUCACAUUCAGAGAUGACCUUUUUUUUUUUCAAGUCUUCCACAGUUUUCUUUCUUGAUCCUCUUCGUUUUAAUCUUCAUUUAGUCACAGUAGCUCACAGGAAGAGUUAACGCAAUAAAUCCACAUCACACCCUUUGAAUACACGUCUGUGUAGGAAGGGAAAUUGAUCAAAAAACUUUCAAACUCUUAACUGUGCUUUUUCUAGUGAGGCUUUUUUUUUUUGAUUGAAUAUUUAUUGCUGCCAAACAAACGUGUGUCUGAAGCAUCAGACAGGAGACCUCUGCUGCUGAGACAAUCUGUUGGCUAUAAAUCAUUUACUGUAUAUUCAACACACUGAAUUCAUUCAACCCGAGCUGCAGCUCGUGUGUCUGUAUGUGAACGUCCACGUGUCAUUGUGUGUGUCUGUGUGCUUGUGCACUUCACCCAUCAACAAAUCUUUUGAUUUACACUGUAAAGAUGUUUUUUGCUCUUACUCCUGACUCUCCCUUGCACAUAUUUUUGUUUUAUUGAUUAUUAACAUCUUCAUAACGUUCUUAAAAUAUAUUUCAUAUCCUUCCAGCGCACCUGAAGCCUUUUUUCCCCCCCUGUAGACGUGCAAACCGUAUGAACUCACAUGUGUCAUGCUAUUAGAGAUGGUGUAGACCAGGGGUCUGCAACCUUUACAAUCAAAAGAGCCAUUUUGUCCCUCCUCCCACCAAACAAAAUUCAUCCGGAGCCCUAAAACCUAUUUCACCCUUACCAUGAAGAUAAAACAGCGUAUAACGUUUGAUAUAGUUAUACUCUAUAUAAAACAGCUAUAACUGUUGCUUUUAAGAAAUUAUUGAAAAACAAAAUGAAAACGAUUGACAUUUUAUUGCUGUAUAUUUGUUCUCCACACAUCAAGCACACAGGUAAGCCAGCAUCAUUGGUAGUAAAAGCAAAUGUAUCUGUCCACGCAGAAUUAAACUCUCUAUGUUC